AUGGCGCCUGGCAAGACGGCGCCGCGGCUACUCCAGGACCUCUUCACAUACGAUCCGCGACACGAAGAACGGGCCGGUCGGAACUUGUUGACGAGUGCCCCGCCGCAACACGACAGCAAAGCCCCAGCAGUCGCCGCCGUACCCUUCAGGAACUGCCGCCACAUCUUCUUCACCAAGCCUGAGCAGUCGCUGUUGCCGGUUGCAGGCGAAGACGCAACCCCGAAUACCACAUACAAGGUCGCCUCAUACUGCAACAAGUGUCGCUGGCAUGUCGAUGUGCGUGUCGACCACCGCACCGAUGCCACCAAGAUCAAGUCGUGUGGGAAGGGCAACGAGGACUAUGCCUUGCACCACUUCCUCUACGAAGGAGAAGACAACUCGAGUGGCACCGGUGGAAUCGAGGCUCAGCUGCGCCCGCGCACCUACACUUUCCGCUGCACUGCGCCCGAGUGCUCAGUCAGGGUACGCAUUAGCAUGAAGCCGCCAUGCUUCUCGGAGCAGGACAUUGUCACUUUGACCGACCAGGCCCAGCUCAGGAGACGAUGGGAAGCAGCGAAACAGAUCGCCGGCGACCGGGCAGACGCAAACAUGGCGCGGAAGGUCGAUGCUCCCGAUUACCUGAACACAUACCUACAAGAUUCGUUGAAGCCCGCGAAGGGCAAGGCGCGCAUCCCAUUGUUGAACAAGAAGUUUCUCAAGACCUUCGGUAGGGACUGCGACUCGAUAUUACGGCGCCUGGGCUUCGAGAACCGCCAGGAAGAGGAAGAGGAUGCCAUCGUAGAAGUCUGGUAUCUCCCUAGGCCCGACGAAGCGGCAUCUCCUCUCGAAUCGACGCUGCGCAACAAGAUCGAGGACGCUCGUUACUACGCUAGUCUGGGCGCCGUUGGUGACUUCGACGACGCUUUAAUCCUGUUCGCCUUCUCUCGACAAGGCGCUGUCGAUAUCGAGAACAAGGCCUACUACUUCGAAUGCUUGCAGGAUCUCGCUGCCGGUCGCCAAAGUGAGAUGCUUCAGAUGCAGGUUGCUUUGUUGGCCUCACAGGGUCUCACUAGCAAACGCGAUACCGAGCGAGCCUACCAGUACUUUGGGAUUGAUCCAACCCACGCAAACGUGAUAGGCGACGAUCAUAUCAUAGGAUGCUUCCGGUCGCGGCUAGCCGAUGUCAGCGUUAUACAGGCUGAGGAGGCACGAAAGCAGCUGCGAGUUCUCGGAGACGUGCGUGACAGCGACAGAAUACGGUCAGAGGCUUCUGGUUCUAUCGAGACGUACGAGCAGGCAAUGGCGUUCUUCGAUCUUGAGCUUGGUGUAGCCGACGAUUUCAUCCCGACCAUGUAUUCGCUAAAGACUCAGGACAGCCCCGCAAGCAUAGAAACCGCAAGGAAAGCCCUGGAUAUCAUAGCAGAUGCGCGCAACAGCGAACGACUGCGACAGUUCGCCAAGUUCGGGGCAAUGAGCGAGCCUGAAAUGGACCUCGGUGAAGCCUACGCCCUUUUCCAGCAACCAGACAGGACCGUCAAGCUCGAACUUGCAGUUUUGGGCUCUCUAGUCAGCACCUACGAUGUUGGCUCCAGCGAACGAGCGCGCAUGGAGACAGCGUAUAAACUUAUCGAGAACGACCAGUCACAGAGGUUUGGCGACAACCACGUCAACCCCUCCCCAGCCAGAAGGAACAAAUACCCCCUCGAUUCAUGGCCGGUUGGGCUCCGCAAUAUCGGUAAUACCUGCUAUCUCAACAGCGUUCUCCAAUUCCUGUUCACCAUCAAGCCCUUGAGAGAUCUCAUUCUUAAUUGCGAGAAAUACCUACAAGAUCUCUCUCCAGAAAGCUUGAAAAACAAGAAAGUUGGGCGCAUGUGGGUCACAGCCGAAAGGGUUUUGACGGCACAGAAGUUCGUCCGGGAGUUGCGGACUUUGUUUGAGCGCAUGAUCACCGCAUCCACAGACACGGUACAGCCUGCCAUAGACCUCGCUUCACUCGCACUAUGCAAAUCAGACAAUCCCGCGGAUCCAGUGGAGUCACCACCAGUAAACACUACCGACGGCGCAGGCUUGGGCACGAUUGAUGGAGCUGCAGUUAGUGGACCGAUGCUUCCACCUGCUGUGAUGCAGUCCGCUCCUGCAGAAGCUCUAGCCGGCUCAGCCGUGACUGGCGACAACACAAAUCCUACAGACUCGGUCAUGGAGAAUGCUGAUGCGGCGCCGAUUACACCUGCUGAUUCUGUCAUGAACGACGACGUUGCAGCAGGCAAGAGCGAGGGCGAUGUGCCUGCCCCACCAACACGGCCUCCGCCAAUCCCACCACGGGCAGACCCUAAACCGGCCAUCAAGCCUGCUGUCCAAUCGAUUUCGAGAAUUGGUAGGAUUGAGGAGAGCGCUCGACAACAGGAUGCAGCCGAAGUCAUGUCGAACAUAUUUGAUCUCAUUUCCUGUGCCAUAACAGGUGACAGCAUUCUGCGCGAAGGUGAGCAAGGAGACGCCAUCAAGAACCUGUUCUUCGGCGACGUCACCACAGUAAUGGAAAAGUCAGACGGCGUGCAGAAGGUUCAAGAGCUUCGAGACCAUUUUCUUGUCGCCACUGGACAACGAGACCGCUCACUCUAUGCCACCCUGGACGAAGACUUCGGUUUGGGUGAGAUAGCGGAUGGUGGCGGUAUGCGAUACGAUUACGUUGAAAAGGCUGCGCCCAUCCAGAUCAUAAACGUGAAGCGGCUACAGUUCAAGGAGGGCAAGCCUGUGUACGACCACUCGCACAUUGGCCUGGAGAAAACGAUGUAUAUGGAUCGUUACUUGGCGAGAACACCGACACUAAGCGAAGCGCAGCUGCUAGAUCUUCGCAAAGCGCAAUGGGCAAAACAGAAAGAGUUGCGAGAGCUAGAUGCUAAGAGGACAAAGCUACAGACAACAGGUAUUGAGGGCUUGAACCUCCCUGAAUGUCUAGAGGCAACGAGCGACUUUGUCAACAGUCUGGCCACGGAGAAGUCAGAGCAUGAACAACCGAGUUCGUCCCAGGACUUCCUCCCGACUCCGCCUCCUGAACUCUCUGAUACGCUCCACACCCGUGCCGCCGAUCUCGCUGCCGAUCUUUCAGGCAUCGACGACCAGAUAACAUUGCUGGAAUCCAAAAUCGACACAGUCUUCGAGGACUGCCACUCCGUGCCCUACCGUCUCCAUGCUGUCUUUACCCACCGCGGUGACGUCAGAAGUGGUCAUUACUGGAUUUACAUCUACGACUUCCACAAGGAUGAGUGGAGAGUCUACAACGACGAGAAUGUAGAUCAAGUUGAGCAGGAGAGCGUAGUGCUCGACAAGGAGGAGGUACACCGCCCGAAGGUCAGCACAGGUGUCGUGUACAUAAGAGCCGAUCUUGUGGACGACUAUACCGAGGCCGUGUGCCGCCAGCCUGAGAAGACCGAGGAGGAUACCCAGAAGGAUAUUGAGAUGAAGGAUGUUACUUUCGACGACGAUUCUAACGAUGAGAUGCCCGCGUUGGAGCCGGUAGACUUGAAGGAUGUGCCGGUCAUCGACGGAGUGGAGAAGGAGUAA